CCUUUUAAAAUGUUUUUGUUUUGAGAGAGCCUUACUACUGAAUUACCCAGACUGGCCUCGAACACUGUCUACAGCUCUGUUGAGCUUGAGUUGACAAUCCUCUUGCUCUGUCUGCUUCCAGAGAAGCUGAUGAUUCAGGGGUGUGCAAUCAAGCCCAACCAGGUCCUUCAGUUCCUUUUUUGUGGUUGUCAAAUAAAUCUUGUGUGAGUAAGUGUAUACAUAUGCACAUUUAUGCAAGAGAGUCAGAGGGCUCUAUCACUUUUAGUUUUUAUUCCCUUAAGACAGUGUACUGCUGACCCUGGAGUAGGCUGGUGACUCAUCUAUCUUUUGUUUCCCUCUGCCUCAACACCUGACUUUGACAUGGGUGCCGGGAAUUUGGAUUCAGGCCCUACAUUUGCACAACAAGGGGUCCUAUUUGCUAAAUCAUUCUCCAGUUCCUGGAAACUUGAAUUUUAUUUGUGUGUGUGUGUGUGUGUGUGUGUGUGUGUGUGUAUGUGUGUGUGUGCGCGCGCAUAAGUGUGCAGUGUGUUUGAGACAAUAUCUCUCUGUGUAGCCCUGGAACUUGCUAUGUAGACCAGACUGGCUUCAGAGUCAGAGCUCUACCCACCUCUUCACCAUGCCCAGCUUUGAAUCAUGAAAUCUGAUGCUUGACAGUGCUACAGCGUCUUGUUCUGCACCUUCCACAGGAUGACAGCUGCUAGCAAAGGUUGGCUUUGUUCUCUUCCAUCCAGUCUCCACCAGUUUGCUCUCUGCACUCAGCAGCCUUCCAAGGAAGAGAGGAUCUAGGCUAUGGCUGCUCGUGUCUCUGAAGCAAAAUUAUCGAGCUUGUGGAAAGUUAGGUGAUUGGGGAUUCCACAGAGUGGGAAAGCACUGCCUAACAUGGGCAAGAUCUUGGGGUCUCCAUCCACACUUGGAGGAAUUUUUAGAAAGUAUGGUUUGUGGCUAGCAUGGUAAGUGAAACUCUUCAGUGACGUGAUUCCUUAGAGUUCAGACUUCUCCUUCCUACUCAGCUGAACUCUAACUCUAAAGUGAACCUCAGAUUUACUGAGAAAUGUUUCGACUUGAGCACCGGCCGUCUUUGUGGUGACUUGAGAAUUCCAUGAUCUCUGCUUGUUUGUUUGUUUACUUGUCUUUGCUUGGUUUUCCCAUGUAGCCCUGUCUGUCUUGGGACUUGUUCUAUAGACCAUGCUGUCAUUGAACUCAGAGAUCUGCUGGCUUCUACCUCUUGAGGGUUGAUUAAAGGUGUGUGCCCCCACCCAGCUCCAGUGCUCUCACUCACGCUCUUUCUGAGCCUUCGUCCAGGCACAGGUGCUUCUUCCGCCUGUCAAUUAAUUAACGGGCGACUGCUGUCUUUGUCACAGAUUGCCUGGUUGAUUCUGUACUGGAAACUUAAAGGAAAAGAAAAUAAGAGGAUUCUUCACGGAAAUUCGUAACAGAAAAGAUAUAGAUAGGUUUCUUACAAGCCUCUGUGACUGUUGUCAAAGGAGAGGAUGUGUAGAUUCUGGUUGGGUGACCACAGGAGAAAGCAGCAGAGAAAGAAGGGAGGUUGAGGGGCACUUUCCAUUUCGCACCCUGGAGUUCCCUUGGAGAGAGGAUUGCUUGUAGCUAAGGUAGAGGCUGGAGUUACUGUGAGGCCUCACGUGGUUCCUUCCUUUUGCCACCUUCCCUCAACUCUGCUUUCCUCCGCCUUGGCAGCACUUCAGCCCCACCAGCCACCCUUCCUCUUUGUAGACCUCCUCACAGGGCACUUUCUCUUCUUUCUGCUUUGGUCCCUCAGAUGUAUUUGUCUUUUUCUCUCUUCCUGUACCACACUGGUGCUUUGAGCUGUGAUUUGCUCAUUUUGUGUUGCCUGGAAGUUUGCUGCACUAGAAAAGUCUCCUUGUUUCCUUUCACAUCCAGUAAAAAUGCUGCAAUUUCCCAUCUCCGUCUCUGUUUUCCUUCCCCUUGGAAUUGUGGCAACCAUGAUACCUGAUUGAGCAAAAGCAAGAAGCUUGUUCUUAGCCAAAGAGAGAAGUGUAAGAUCAACUUGAGAGUCACCCUCUCUGAUCUUAUAGUGACAGGGUAAGAGACGGGGAUACGGGCUUAUGAAGGGGGAAAAUGUUCAUAUGGUCUUCUGGGAAUGGGCAGGAGUUUUCUGGGGAGAUUAAACUGCCUCUGGCCAGGCGACUUUGGCACACGCUUUUAAUCACAGAAACUGAGGGGCAGAGGCAAGUGAAUCUCUGAAUUAGAGGCCAGCUUGGUCUACAGAGCAAACCCCAGGAUGGGCAGGGCUUCACAGAGAAACCCUGUCUCAAAAAACCCAAACCAACCAGUCAACCGACCAACGCCUAAGAAACAACAGAACCUCUGCUUCUUUUCUCUCCUUUUUGGGGCCUCUCUAGUUGUUGCCUGGCAACUGCCAACUGUCAUGGUGCUAGGGCCUGUUGGUUUUCAGUAGUGUUAUAGUGGAGUUAGAGAUGUCUCGUAAUCAUCCCGGCCACCUUCUUAGAUCCUGUAGUUUUGACUUGUCCAGAAGAGGGGAUUCUGACUUUUAGGCAGAGGAGUCCUGUAAAUGCAAUGGCUGGAAGAACCCCAACCCCUCUCCUACUCCACCAAGAGGAGACCUCCAGCAGAUAAUUGUCAGUUUGACAGAAUCCUGUAGAAGCUGUAGCCAUGCCCUUGCUGCUCAUGUUUCCCACUUGGAGAAUGUGUCAGAGGAAGAAAUGAACAGACUCCUGGGAAUUGUGUUGGAUGUGGAGUACCUCUUUACCUGCGUCCACAAAGAAGAAGAUGCAGAUACCAAACAAGUUUAUUUCUACCUGUUCAAGCUCUUGAGAAAGUCAAUUUUACAAAGAGGAAAGCCUAUGGUUGAAGGCUCCUUGGAGAAGAAGCCACCAUUUGAAAAGCCCAGUAUUGAACAGGGUGUGAACAACUUUGUCCAGUACAAGUUUAGUCACUUGCCAUCAAAGGAGAGGCAGACAACAAUCGAGCUGGCCAAGAUGUUUCUGAACCGCAUCAACUACUGGCAUCUGGAGGCUCCAUCUCAGCGGAGACUACGGUCUCCCAAUGAUGACAUCUCUGGAUACAAGGAAAACUAUACAAGGUGGUUGUGCUACUGCAACGUGCCGCAGUUCUGUGACAGCUUACCUCGGUAUGAAACUACGAAGGUGUUCGGGAGAACACUGCUUCGCUCCGUCUUCACCAUCAUGAGACGACAGCUCUUAGAACAAGCCAGACAGGAAAAGGACAAACUGCCUCUUGAGAAACGCACGCUAAUCCUCACGCAUUUCCCAAAGUUUCUGUCCAUGUUGGAAGAAGAAGUGUAUAGUCAAAACUCGCCUAUCUGGGAUCAGGAUUUUCUCUCAGCUUCUUCCAGAACCAGCCCACUAGGAAUCCAAACAGUGAUCAGUCCUCCUGUUACUGGGACAGCAUUAUUCAGUUCAAAUUCCACUUCCCAUGAGCAGAUCAAUGGAGGGAGAACAAGUCCUGGAUGCAGAAGCUCUUCUGGGCUUGAAGCAAACCCAGGAGAAAAGAGGAAAAUGAACAACUCUCAUGCUCCAGAGGAGGCCAAGCGAUCUCGAGUGAUGGGGGAUAUUCCUGUGGAACUGAUCAGUGAAGUUAUGUCUACCAUCACAGACCCUGCAGGGAUGCUUGGACCAGAGACCAAUUUUCUGUCAGCACAUUCGGCCAGAGAUGAGGCCGCAAGGCUGGAAGAACGCAGGGGCGUCAUUGAAUUCCACGUGGUGGGCAAUUCCCUGAACCAGAAACCAAAUAAGAAGAUGCUGAUGUGGCUGGUGGGCCUACAGAAUGUGUUUUCCCACCAGCUUCCCCGCAUGCCCAAAGAGUACAUCACACGGCUUGUCUUUGACCCGAAACACAAAACCCUUGCUUUAAUUAAAGAUGGCCGUGUCAUUGGUGGUAUCUGUUUCCGGAUGUUUCCAUCCCAGGGAUUUACAGAGAUUGUUUUCUGUGCGGUAACCUCAAAUGAACAGGUCAAGGGCUAUGGAACCCACUUGAUGAACCAUCUCAAAGAAUAUCACAUAAAGCACGAGAUCCUCAACUUCCUCACAUACGCAGAUGAGUAUGCCAUCGGCUACUUCAAGAAGCAGGGUUUCUCCAAAGAAAUCAAAAUACCUAAAACCAAAUAUGUUGGCUACAUCAAGGAUUAUGAAGGAGCCACUUUGAUGGGGUGUGAACUGAACCCUCAGAUCCCAUACACAGAGUUCUCGGUCAUCAUUAAAAAGCAGAAGGAGAUCAUUAAAAAGCUUAUUGAAAGGAAACAAGCUCAGAUACGAAAAGUCUACCCUGGACUUUCAUGUUUCAAAGAUGGAGUUCGGCAGAUUCCUAUAGAAAGCAUUCCUGGAAUCAGAGAGACAGGCUGGAAACCAAGUGGAAAAGAGAAAAGUAAAGAGCCCAAAGACCCUGAGCAGCUUUACAGCACGCUCAAGAACAUCCUGCAGCAGGUGAAGAGCCAUCAAAGCGCUUGGCCCUUCAUGGAACCAGUGAAGCGAACAGAAGCUCCGGGAUAUUAUGAAGUUAUAAGGUUCCCCAUGGAUCUGAAAACCAUGAGUGAACGCCUCAGGAACAGGUACUAUGUGUCUAAGAAGUUAUUCAUGGCGGACUUACAGCGAGUGUUCACCAACUGCAAGGAGUACAACCCCCCCGAGAGCGAGUACUACAAGUGCGCCAGCGUCCUGGAGAAGUUCUUCUUCAGUAAAAUUAAGGAAGCAGGCUUGAUGGACAAGUGAUUUUUUUUUCCCCUUAGAUACACAACAGCAGUGUGCCUAAAGCAGGUCAUUUUGGUUUUUGUUUGCUUUUGUUUUUUUUUUUUAAUUGUACAUCAUGUGUAUUACAAGAGACUUGUAAUAAUUAGCACUUUUGAAAAACAAACAAAACCUCCUUUUAGCUUUUCAGAGACAUAUUUAAAUGGAAAUCAUAGAUUUUUUUUUUAAUUUUGUGGAAUAGAUUUUAAUCUAUUUACUACUAUCAUGUAAUUUUUCUCUGGCAUGUCCAGUAGCUGACUAUUGCAUGGUAGAUGAUCAGGGGCUUCCUCAAAACCUGUAUGUGAGGAAAUUGCACACAGUACCAAGAUUUGGGGGAAUCUAGAGAAAAUUUUGACCUUGAAUGUCUCCAUUUUUUUCUAAUGGAACAUGAGAGUUUAUUUUAUUCUGAAGGACUUUAAGGGUCCAUGAUACACCUGUGCAGUGAAUGAACUGUGUGGUGUUUGAAGUCUCACUGUAGACUUUUUAUAAGUAUAUAUUUUUAAAACACUCGUCUAGAUGAGGUGCUUUGAGCAGUUCUGAAAAAUGCAGCUUCCAUAAUAGCAGCUGCUUUGACUCCUAAGGAAGGGACUUUUAUAAGCUCCCAGGGCUUUGAUCAUUCUGUCUACCUAUUACAGACUUGAGAAUGCACAACCACUAUUUAAUAAUUCUUGGCAGAUAUGUGUCCAUCUCAUAUUUGACUUUGCUUGUGCAGGGCCCAACUUCUAAAAGAUCCGCUGCCAGGCCACAAAGGUGUCAAUUUGAAAACAUUCAAGGUUGAGUCAAUGUUAAGACAUGUGGCCUACACAUGAACCCAGGGGAGCCUUGCUCCAAUAUGUAAGGAUUCUUUGUAUUUUCUGGUACAUUUAACCCCAUCAACAGUGUCUAUGUGAACAUUUCCCAUUUGUACUUCCAGAUUUAUGUUUGUCUGAGGUGAACUGAAUUCUUACCGAAGUUUAGGCCAGUAUUUUAACACCUGCAUUGUUUCAUUGGUCCAGGCUUCUAUCCCACUAACGUUCUCUGUACAAACUCAUUAACCAAUUUGUCUUGGGACUCCAGCUUAGUGCCUGGAUUUGUGUCCUAAUUACACUACAUAGAGAAGUGGGACCCCUGCCACCCCGACUCUGGGAAAAACCAACUAAUAUACAACCAUAUUAAACGAAGGCCACCUUAGUGGUUUCGACACUAAUUUUUAUGAUGCAAAUUUAUAAACUGAUUUUUUUUGUAAAGGCUGAGGUUUUAAAAAUGUAUUUAAUGUAUGUUUUCUAUCACCAUAAAUUAUAUUGGGUCACUAACAGUCAUUAAAAACAGCUCGCAGAGGGAGUGUGCUUGAAGGGAAAUAUCCUGGCAUUGCUAUCGAGUGCUGCUUCUGACACGGAUGGCAUGUCACAUGUUCAGCGUGUUCACCGAGGAUCACACUGAAGCUGCCUCAACAUUUGGAAGUGUAAGGAACACUUUGGGUGGUGUCUAGACUCUUAAUGAAGAAUGAUAAUACAGGUCGCAUUAAGGAUCUCAGACUGGUUUAAAACAGCUUUGUACCAAUCUCGCUGAAGCGUCUGUCCAGCUUGGUAUCCUGUGAAAGUUUGUUAGACAUUCUUAAAGAGUAUUGUCUUUAAAAUCAGAUGGUCUCUUCUAUAUUGAAAGCAUUUUUAUGUUUUCUAAUUUAAAAUUAAUAUUUUCUUAUAGAUAUUGUGCAAUAAAGCAGAAGUAGAAUGUGGUUUUUGCAAAUGCUUUAAUGGCCGACAAAAACUUUACAUUUGUAAAAUUAAUAUAUUGUACUGGUACAAAAUAGUUUUAAAUUAUAUUUUGAAAAGCUC